CUCCUCGGCGGUGCACGCCUCGUAUCGGGCUGCCGGGUCACGUUCGCAGAGCUGCAGUCAGCUUUAAUCACAGUCUGCUUGUAGUGCUUCCAGUGGCCUUCGCUGCAGCUGUGGAAAACUGGGAGGAAGAAGAGGUGAGUCAGAUGGAGGAGGUGUGUGAGGAGGAGGAGGAGGAGGAGGGAGCCAUGCUGUGGUCCAUCCAGGAGGCUUUUGAGAGGCAGACCCUGCAGAUCGGAGCCUCAGCCUGCGGGGCCACAGCCGUGGUGGACGUGUUAAAGGCCCUCGGUGUGGAUGUGACCCCCGAAGAGGCGGACCGGUGCGUCCAGACGAGGCUGCGGAGGAACGAGUCCCCCCUGCCGGACUACCUCCUGUCCAGGAGUGAAGCUGGUGCCACUCAUGCUCAGCUCAUCCAAGGGGCAGAGGAAGCCAGUAAAGGGAAGGUGAUUGGUCGCUUCUUCCAUCUUCACCCUCGCCGCCUGGCUAGACUCGUCCCCUGGCUCGCACGCUGGAUCAGAAAAGGUGCUGUUCCCAUCGCGACUAUGAACAUGCAGCAGGCCAUACCUGAGGGCGAGGAGGUGCCCGACGCCUGGCACCAUCAGCUGAUAUUUGGCGUUGCACCUAAUUCUGUUUUCAUGACCAAUCCUUUAGAUGUUGUGAGUGAGCGAGAGCUGCACCAGAGGCUUUGCAGCGAAUCUGUGCUGCUGAUUCGACGAGAAGACGUCCUGCAGAGACUCACGCCCGAGUGCUCUUUGUCCAGCUUAUCUGACCCGCUGUGGAAAGCCCUGGACGUAGAGGGUCAAGUAAAGCAAAUGCUCCAGCAGGAGGAGCAAGAAGAUGGAGCCAAGUUAACACACAUCACCAUCCCUGCAGCGUACAGUUCAGGCGUCACACUGUUUGCUCUGCGACAGUCAGAGUUAGGACAAGAACUCCUCGGUGCUCCUGAGCUCCCUCUGCUGUGACUGGAAUGAAACUCACGGACUCAAGACUUGAAGUUAGGAAGACCUUUAUUUAUUAUGAACGUACAGAUAAUACGACACUUUAUUGGUCCUGUUUGUCCUGGAAGAGAGAAGGCAAAAGGGGAAAACAGUGAACAAAUCAUCACUUCAUCAACUUUACUGAAGAGCACAGUUAAAACAUGAACACUUGGACACUUCUUUGCAAGUAAAAAUCUGGUAAUGUUAAGACAAUAAGAAUGCAGACACACUGUCAUCCUUGUACAUUUUAAUCACUGUUUGUUUCAUGUUUUAUACCGACAGCUGAUACUUGAAUAAAGCGCAUUUGAAAUGAUGAAAAGCAGC